UUAGUCCUUCGAGUUUAGCGUGACCUACGUUGACGUCGGGUAUGCUGGCGUCACGCGCCAUCGUUAGCACUCCCGUUUCCGUCUGUGCUGUCCACCUGCAAUCACAUUGUAAAUGCACCGCACGGCGCGCCCAUGGCCAUUGUGAACGUCUUUCCGGUAUCCUUGAUAACUCUCCCUCCCCUCGACCGCCACCACUUCCCCCCUCCCCCCUCCCCCCUCCUCCACUUCCUGCAUCCCCCGACCUAUCAUGUCUACCAUUACCACACCCAUCACUGAACUCUUCGGCAUCAAGCAUCCGAUCCUGUUGGCGGGUAUGAACAUCGCUGCUGGCCCUGAGAUCGCAGCCGCAGUCACGAACGCAGGAGGUUUGGGCGUUAUCGGAGGGACGAGCUACACGCCGAAGGUCCUCCGGUCCCAGAUUCGCGCCAUUAAAAAUGACUUGCACGACAAGAACGCACCCUUCGGCGUUGACAUUCUCACCCCGCAGAUUGGUGGUAACGCUCGCAAGACUAACUACGAUUACACCAACGGCCAGCUCCCUGAGCUCAUCGACGUUAUUAUCGAAGAGAGGGCGAAGCUCUUCGUCUCCGCCAUUGGCGUUCCCCCGCGGUGGGCUGUUGACAAGCUUCACAAGGCAGGCAUUCUCGUCAUGAACAUGGUUGGCCACCCGAAACAUGUGCCUAAAGCACUCGACGCCAGGGUCGAUCUCAUCUGCGCGCAAGCUAGUGAGGGUGGUGGUCAUACCGGCGACAUUCCCGCGACGAUCCUCAUUCCCGCCUGUGUCGACGCCGUCCGCGGACACAAGUCUCCACUGACUGGCGGACCGGUGUAUGUCAUCGGUGCGGGGGCCGUGUACGACGGGCGGAGCCUGGCGGCAAACCUUUCGUGGGGUGCCGAAGCCGUGUGGGUCGGCACGCGCUUCGUCGCGAGCGUGGAGGCGAGCGCGCCCAAGGUGCACAAGGAGGCCAUCCUCAGCGCGGGCUACGAGGACGCGGUGACUACGCUGAUCUAUACCGGCCGGCCACUGCGCGUGCGGCGCACGCCAUACGUCGACGACUGGAACAACAAUCGGCAGCAGGAGAUCAAGGAGCUCACGAGCAAGGGUAUCCUACCGCACGAUCAUGAGCUCGAGAAACACCCUGAGAAGUCUGUGGAGGGCCGCAUGUUUCUCAUCGGCCGGAUCUCUGCGCUGAUUCAUGAGGUUCUUCCUGCUAAGACUAUCGUUGAGAAUAUGGUCAACGACGCAGCGAGGAUCAUUCAUUUGAAUGCAGCGAAGAUCAAGGUCGAGGCUAAGCUAUAGGUGGCAUGGAACCAAUUUAUUUGUGUUGAAUUUACGGAAUUGAUACAUAUCUCUACUAUGCCUUCAAAUAUCGUACUUGUCCGAGUACG